GGUAAAUGACUGUUAAAGAUGGAAACGACUGACUUUCUUAUAAAAUAUCUAUUAUAUAUUGUCAGCAACCAUCACUCUCAUGCUCCUGUGGCACAUUGUGUUAAUUCACGUUUAUUGUGUUCAGCGGCUGAUUGAUCAUUAAAACACCUGAGCAUUAUGUUAGCACAGCUGAAACUGUUUGUGCUGAUUUGAGAAGAAAUAAAAUGAUCCUUCCCCAGGCUUGACACUGGAUAUGUGUUCAGAGUGCAGACAGGGCAUCCAGCUGUCUGCCAACAUGAUUUCCAGCAGAGAUACCAAGGAGACUGUAUAUGAAACCUUGCAUGCUCUGUGCCAACGCCUGCCAAGAGAACAGGCGUCAGAGUGUGAUUCACAGGUGAAGAUGUAUUUGCCCAAAGUCCUGCAACAGACACCUGAUCACCUGAAACCAGAAGAGACCUGUAUUGUUUUUGGACUUUGUGCUGCCCACAAAGAGGAGGAACUGCUCAAUCUUCCCCAGCACGCCACAAAUAAAGACGACUCCAGCGCUACACCCCAAACAGUCCCCGGCACCAAUGGGCAGUUUAACCCAGUCUGCACCAUGUGUUUGUUCCUCAUCAAGAAACUGGAGACCCUGUUGCCUAAAAAUAUGACUGAGGAUGCUUUGAUGAAGCUCAUGGGAGAGGUCUGUGAUCUGAUGCCACAGAGCUACAGGGACCAGUGUGAAGAUUUUGUUGACAAAUACGGCGCACAGAUAGUCGAAUUCCUCUUAUCGUCUGCUGCACCUCACACAAUAUGCAGUCUUAUGCACCUGUGUCUGUUCAAAGAGCAAACUGUUCCAGAAUUGUUCCUCUACUCUGAUUGUGAGUCGUGCCGCACGCUGGCUGUGCUGAGCCGACUUCACCUGGGUCUCAACUCCACUGAACAUCAAACUUCCUCUUUCCUCCAGUCUGUGUGUGUCCAUCACCCCAACGCCAUCCCCAAGUGUGAUGCCUUCACCAAAAUCUACGGCUCCCGACUGCAGAAGGUUUUGGGAAACCAGAUGGACGUUCCACACGCUUGUGAAAGAGCCGAUCUGUGCGUUGCCUCGAAGAAAGUGGAGCCGCUGGGAAAUAAUCGUUGUACUUGGGGACCAAGCUACUGGUGCAAAGAUCUUCAAACUGCUCAGAAGUGUGGCAACCAGGCCUUCUGUGAGAAGUACAUGUGGAAGGAGUAAACCAAACUGCCAGCCUGUGUGCACACAAAGAACUUUUCUUUUUAUAAAUGUACUGCACUGAUUAACUUCUUUAUUUUUUACUUUUUGAAUAAAUUAACCAUCUCCUA